CCAGGAGCCACGCAGGCGCAUUUAAAGCCGCCGCCGCCUGCGCCUUCCUGCUCGGGCUUUCUUGGCUUGUAGGAGGCGGCUGGCCGGGCGUCCUUCCUUCCUUCCGAGCAGGCGGACCGAGAGCGAGAAUUGUCCAGGAUGAGCCCAGCCCAGGAGAGCCCUUCCUGCAGUAAGGAGCCUCUCGCCAAGUGCCUUCGGGCUAAGAAGGAUCUGGAGGUGGCAAUCGCUGGCAUCAUCCAGGCAGAGCAGCAGGUUAAAGACAACUGGAAAGAGGUCAAAGCCCAGAUUAACAGCUGCAUCAGCCGUCACCUGGAGUGCCUGCGCAGCCGGGAGGUGUGGCUCCUGGAGCAGGUGGAUCUCAUCCAGCAGCUGAAGGAGGAGGCGCUGCAGCAGCAGGCGCAGCAGCUCUACUGGUUGUUGGGACAAUUCAACUGCCUCAUCCACCAGCUGGAGCAGAGUCACAGCAACGACCUCGCCAAUCAAAUUUCAGUGUGCUUGGAGAGAUUGGGUAACUUGACACUCCAACCAGAAGAAACUUCCACCUUGAACUUUGAGGCCGACGUGGCAUUUCUUCGCCAGGCUAUCACAUCUUUUGGCUCGAUUAAAACCAUGAUUUCUGACAAAGAAGACUAUGCCCCGUGGAUUUCUGUGCAGAAUUCCCUUGGGAAGGCCAAAGCUGAACAGCAGAAGCCGGCCUGCCCUCUCUCUGAGUGGCUUCUCGGAAGCAAGCCUGACAGUGCCUGUCUUACUCCAUAUAUUCCCAGCAGCAACUUUGAAGACUGGCUUUUGAAAUCGGACAAGCCGGAGGCCAGCCAGGAGUUGAAGUCUUCCAAAGCUUGUUACUUGGAGCAAGCCUGGGGAAGUCUGAAAGACUUGGAGAACUGGCUCCUGCAGAACCAGCAAAGAGACGUAUCCGAGAGAAGAGAUUCCCGGCAGCGCAACCUCUCCACCUCCACCGUCAGCUCUUCCUUUUCCAUCGAAAAGAUAGAUGAACUGGAGCUCCUGGAACCAGAAGACAUGGAUCUUUCUGAUUGGCUGCUUACCUCUUCCGAAUCAGACCCGACCGAAACCAUCUCGAAUGAAAAAUGGAAGCACGUGUUAAAGCCUUUUCGGGACGAGUACAACAUCAGCGAUUGGCUCGUCGGUGCAGAUUCCUGCAAUAACUGUUGUGGCAACCAAGCCAAAGGGGUCGAGAUAGAAAACCUCGGAAAUCUCAAGUGCCUCAGCGACCACCAGGAGGUGAAGAAACCUUCCUCCAACGAUGCCUGGCUCCUGCAACCGCCUUUCAGAGUACAAGAGGUGUGCAAAGCUAACGAGCCGUGCGCUAGCUUUUCCGAGUGCGUGUGUGACGAAAACUGUGAGAAGGAAGCUCUGUGCAGAUGGCUUCUUCGGAAAGAAGGCAAGGAUAAAAAUGGCGUCCCGGUGGCAGGUCAGGCCUCCAGCCCAACUGCCAAGUCUGGAGAAAACACCGCCGCUGUAAACAUCUGGCUCCACCCCUCUCGACAACUGACGGAAGAAGAGCUGGCCGCUCCCGCCACGAGAGGAGACGGCGCAGAGAUGGCAGCGGAGCCGCUGAAAGAACUGCUCGAGACGCCGUUGUCUACUUGGCUGCUGCAACCCGAGGGCAAGCCACUGAGCAUGGAGGAGAAGGCAAGCCGGGAGAGAGCCGAAGUGAGCGGAAAGAGUUCGUUGCUUGAUCUUCUAGCCCCCUUCCACCUCCCUCUGAACGUCAACAACUGGGUGUUGUCUGCACAGAGCACAGAAGCCGCCAGCCAGCCUCCAGUGGAAGAUAAAUGGCUGCUACGGAAGAAAGCACACGAGUACGGCCUUCCUACAGUUUGUGAUCUAUUUGCCUGCAUGAAGCUGAACGGAGAUAGAGAAAAAUGGCUCUAUCAGACUCCUUUACAGAUGUGAAAAGCCCGAAGCAUUCCAAACUAGUCACUUUCUGCUGAUUGGCGCACAUUCAAACCGAGUGAUUGAAGUCUGCUGCGUUUGUGUGUUUUUAAGCUGGUCUG